CUGUUGUCUGAAUGCGGAAGUUGGACCAUGAGCUCUUGAAGUUGCUGCUGCUGCUGUCUCUCUCUGAAUGAAGACUGAGCUUCAGGCCAGACUGCAGCUUCCUUCCUCUGUCCAACAUCUGAUUCUGGGAGGGGAGGAUUUGCGAAUGGGGAGCCGAAACCGAACGUCUGACAGAGUAAUUUGGGGCACGUUGGUCGAAUUGAGUUUGGAAUAUCUUGGAGAGAAUUGGCAUGUAAUCGGAACUCGGUGAGCCUAGGCCAGCGCUCUGACUUUGAAGAAUUGUCAGCGAGGAGAGACUCUGGAUGUGUCCUCGGAGUGAAUAAGCCUCCGGCUUUCCCUUUGAACCUCUACCCCAGCCCAUGGAGAAGCCGUGGAAGUGUGCGGACUGUGGGAAAGGCUUCCUCUCCCCGUCGGCGCUGGAGACCCAUCGGCGGGUGCACACCGGGGAGCGGCCGUUCACCUGCCCGGCCUGCGCCAAGGGCUUCGCGCAGCUCUGCAGCCUGCUCUCCCACCAGCGGGUCCACACCGGGGACAGGCCGCACACCUGCCCCGAGUGCGGCAAGGGCUUCGCCCACUCCUCCGCCCUGCAGCGGCACCGGCGGCUGCACACCGGGGAGAGGCCGUUCUCCUGCCCGGCCUGCGGGAAAGGCUUCACCCAGUCGUGCAGCCUGCAGAGCCACCGUCGGGUCCACACCGGGGAGAGGCCGUUCUCCUGCUCGGCCUGCGGGAAAGGCUUCACCCACUCCUCGGCCCUGCUGAGGCACCGGCGGGUGCACACGGGCGAGAGGCCCUACUCCUGCCCCGCCUGCGGCAAGGCCUUCAGCCAGCUGUGCAGCCUGCAGACCCACCGACGGGUCCACACCGGGGAGCGGCCCUUCCCCUGCCCCGAGUGCGGGAAGGCCUUCAGCGACUCCUCCGCCCUGCGGAAGCACCAGCGGGGCCACACCGGCAAGCGGCCCUUCAGCUGCCCCGAGUGCGGGAAGGCCUUCGUUCAGUCCUCCCACCUGCUGAGGCACCGGCGGGUCCACACCGGGGAGAGGCCCUUCGCCUGCCCCGUGUGCGGGAAGGGCUUCACCCGCUCCUCCCACCUGCGGAGGCACCAGCCGGUCCACACUGGGCCAAAACCGUGGAAGUGUUGGGACUGCGGGAAGGGGUUCAGUUUCUCGUCUGCGUUGGAAACGCAUCGUAACGUUCACACCGGCGAGAGGCCGUUCACCUGCUCCAUGUGCGGGAAGGGCUUCACUCAGUCCUCCAGCCUGCUGAAACACCAGCGGGUCCACACCGGGGAGCGGCCGUUCAGCUGCUCCGAGUGCGGGAAGGGCUUCUCUCAGUCGUCCAACCUGCUGCGGCACCAGCAGGUCCACACCGGGGAGAGGCCGUUCGCCUGCUCCGAGUGCGGCAAGGCCUUCACUCAGGCCUCCAACCUGCUGCGGCACCAGCGCGACCACACCGGGGAGAGGCCGUUCGCCUGCUCCGAGUGCGGCAAGGCCUUCGCCCAGUCAGCUCACCUGCUCAACCACAGGAGGGUGCACACCGGUGAGAGGCCGUUCAGCUGCGCCGUCUGCGGGAAGACCUUCACUCAGGCCUCCAACCUGCUCAUGCACCGGCGGGCCCACGCCGGGGAGAGGCCGUUCACCUGCUCCGAGUGCGGGAAGGCCUUCAAUGAUUCGUCCACCCUGCUGAGGCACCAGAGGGUUCACACGGGCGAGAAACCGUUCACCUGCCCUCGCUGUGGGAAAGCAUUCAUUCAUUCAUCUAACCUACUGAGACACCAGCGAGGACACAAUGGGGAGAAACCCUGGAAGUGCGGGGACUGCGGGAAAGGCUACGGCACUCCGUCGGCACUGGAGAGGCACCGACGAGCCCACACGGGCGAGCGGCCGUUCUCCUGCCCCGAGUGCGGCAAGGGCUUCGCGCACGGUUCCGCCGCCCGCCGGCACCAGCGGGUCCACACGGGCGAGCGGCCGUUCUCCUGCCCCGAGUGCGGGAAGCGGUUCACCCAGUCGUGUAGCCUGAGGACCCACCAGCGGCUGCACGCCGGGGAGAGGCCGUUCCCCUGCUCCGAGUGCGGCAAGGCCUUCGCCCACUCCUCGGCCCUGCUGCAGCACCAGCAGCUCCACACCGGCGAGCGGCCCUUCGGCUGCCCCGAGUGCGGCAAGGCCUUCACCCACUCCUCCGCCCUGCUGAGGCACCAGCAGCUCCACACCGGCGAGAGGCCCUACCUGUGCCCCGAGUGCGGCCGGGCCUUCAGCCAGUCGGCCGGCCUCCAGUCCCACCGGCGGCUGCACACCGGCGAGAGGCCCUUCGGCUGCCCCGAGUGCGGCCGGGGGUUCGCCCACUCCUCCGGCCUGCUGACCCACCGGCGGCUGCACACCGGCGAGCGGCCCUUCGCCUGCCCGGCCUGCGGCAGGGCCUUCGCUCAGUCCUGCAGCCUGCGGAGGCACCAGCGGGUCCACACCGGCGAGCGGCCGUACCCCUGCCCCGAGUGCGGCAAGGCCUUCGCCCACUCCUCCGGCCUGCUGACCCACCAGCGGGCCCACACCGGCGAGCGGCCCUUCGCCUGCCCCGCGUGCGGGAGGGCCUUCAAGCGGGCCUCCCACCUGCGGAGGCACCAGCGGGUCCACAAAAUUUCUGCGUCACGGAUUACUGAUCGAAAAGGCUGUUCUCCUGCCUUGGUUUCAUCUUCCUGCCACCUCUCCAUCUGGAGACGUCUCUAUUCCCUCCAAAACGAAGUGUCACGGCUUAAGGGAUCGCAGGGGGUGAGGGGGACAUUUGUCUUCCCCUUCUUGCCCCCUCUCGGAGGUGGUGAGAGUCUUUGCAAUUCCCUACCUCCAAAGGCAGUGGACGCAGGACCUUUUAAAUAUCUCCAAGACAAAGAGGACCGGCCAGCGAGGGUGUGUGGGCGAGGACCCCCCGGAGAGACAGCGGCCUGGGCUGAGAAUCUGACGGAGGCUUCCCGGGAGCGGGGGCCCCGGCGCCGCCGCGGCAUGGAGACGGCGAACGGCAAGCCGGCCGGCGAGGGGAAGGCGGCGGGGCGCCGGGCCGCGGGCGAGGGGCGCCCCCGGGAGAAGACGCACAAGUGCGGCGACUGCGGCAAGAGCUACCACACCCAGUCGGAGCUGGAGACCCACCGGCGCGGGCACACCGGCGAGCGCCCCUUCUGCUGCCCGGUCUGCGAGAAGGGCUUCACCCGCUCCUCGGACCUGCGGGUGCACCAGCGGGUGCACACCGGCGAGCGGCCCUUCGCCUGCCCGGUCUGCGAGAAGAGCUUCACCCGCUCGUCGCACCUGCUGACCCACCAGCGGGUGCACACCGGCGAGCGGCCCUACAGCUGCUCGGUCUGCGGCAAGGGCUUCACCCAGCUCUCCAACCGGCUGCGGCACCAGCGGCUGCACACCGGCGAGCGGCCCUUCACCUGCCCGGUGUGCCGCAAGGGCUUCACCGACUCCUCCACCCUGCUGCGGCACCAGCGGCUGCACACCGAGGAGCGGCCCUUCACCUGCUCGGUGUGCGGCAAGGGCUUCACCCGCUCGCCGCACCUGCUGACCCACCAGCGGGUGCACACCGGCGAGCGGCCCUUCUCCUGCUCGGUGUGCGGCCGUCGCUUUACUCAGUCCUCCCACCUGCUGACCCACCAGCACAGCCACACCGGGGAGAGGCCCUUCCGCUGCUCGGUGUGCGGCCGCGGCUUCACCCAGCUCUCCCUGCUGCUGGCCCACCAGCACCUGCACGCCGAGAACAACCCAGUCAAGUACCCGGACGGCGAGGAGCCGGGCGCCGGCGAGGAGGAGGGCAGCCAGGGGGUGGCAACGCCCGCCCUGCUGCCCCCGCCCCCGCUGGGGCCCCCCCGGCCUGCCCAGGCCGGCGAGCGGCCCUUCAAGUGCUCGGUGUGCGCCAAGGCCUUCACCUGCCUCUCCCACCUGCUGCGGCACCUGCGGGUGCACAGCGGCGAGCGGCCCUUCCAGUGCACCGUCUGCGAGAAGGGCUUCACCCAGUCGUCCAGCCUGCUCACCCACCAGCGCAUCCACACCGGCGAGCGGCCCUUCUCCUGCUCGCAGUGUGGCAAGGGCUUCUCCCGCUCCUCCCACCUCCUUCGGCACCAGAGAGUGCACUCUGGGCAGAAACCGUGGAAAUGUGGGGACUGCGGGAAGGAAUUCAAAUUCCCGAGCUGGCUUGAAAGCCAUCGCCGCUGUCAGACUGGGGAGAGGCCGUUCACCUGCACCGUGUGCGGGAAGGGCUUCAUUCAUUUAUCCACCCUGGUGACCCACCAGUGGGUCCACACCGGGGAGAAGACAUUCACCUGCUCCGAAUGUGGGAAGGGAUUCACCCAGUCAUUCGCCUUGCUGAUGCACCAGCGGGUCCACACCGGGGAGAGGCCGUUCCCCUGCUCCGAGUGCGGGAAGGGCUUCACUCAGCUAUCCAACCUGCUGACCCACCAGCGGGUUCACACCGGGGAGAGGCCGUUCUCCUGCUCCAUCUGUAGUAAGGGCUUCACUAAUUUGUCCGCCCUGCUUACGCACCAGUGGGUCCACACUGGGGAGAGGCCGUUCACCUGCUUUGAGUGUGGGAAGGGAUUUGCUGCUGCCUGCAAUCUUCAGACACACCAGCGGCUUCACACCGGGGAGAGGCCGUUUGUCUGCUCAGACUGCGGGAAGGCAUUCAGUGAUUCGUCCAGUCUGCGCAAGCACCAGCGUGUCCACACCGGGGAGAGACCAUUCACCUGCACCGAGUGUGGGAAGGGGUUCAUUGAUUCCUCUAACCUCUUGACGCACCAGCGGCGAAGCCACGCCGCGGAGAGGCCGUUCGUCUGCUCUGACUGCGGGAAGGGCUUCGGUGAUUCGUCGUCCCUGCUGACACACCAGCGGGUUCACACCGGGGAGAGGCCGUUCGCCUGCUCCGAGUGCGGGAAGGGCUUCGGUGACGCAUCCACCCUGAGGAAGCACCGCCGUGUUCACACCGGGGAGAGGCCGUUCACCUGCCCCGAGUGCGGGAAGGGGUUCACUCAGUCCACGCACCUCUUGACACACCAGCGGGGCCACACUGGUGAGAAACCGUUCGCCUGCUCGGUGUGCGAGAAGAGAUUCACCCGGUCAUCCACCCUGCAGAUGCACCAGCGAGUUCACAAGUGACAGUGCCAGGACUGGAGUUUGCUGUUCAAAAACCUUCAUUUAUGAUGGUUGGCGUCUGCUGUGUGGACGUUAAUGAGUCCAUUGACUGAGGUAGUGCUUUUAAUUUUCUUGGGAUGUGGGCAUUGCUGGCUGGCCAGCAUUUAUUGCUCAUCCCUAAACAUAUCCCUUAAAGUUUGGGAUGUGUGAGAUGGAUCAGUUGUGUUUAAAUGAUCAGCUCACUCAACCUCGCCUUCGUUGCUCAGACCUUUGAGUAUAGAGGUUGGGAUGUCAAGUUGAGAUUGUACAGUGUGGACUGUGUCCAGUUCUGGGUGCCCUGUUAUAGGAAGGAUGCUGUUCAGCUGGAGAGGGGGUUCUGAAGAGUUUUACCAGUAUAUUGCCAGGAAUGGAGGGCUUGAGUUAUAAGGAGAGGAUGGACAGGCUGGGACGUCUUUCACUUGACUAUAGGAGGUUGAAAGGUAACCUUGUGGAGGUUUAUAAAAUCAUGAGGGACAGAGAUAAGGUGAAUGGAGGGUGUUUUUGCCCUAGAGUGGGGGAUUUCAAGACUAGGGGUCUUUUUUAUUGGAGGUGAGAGGAGCAAAUUUUAAAAAAAGACAUGAAUUAGAUUAGAUUACAGUAUGGAAACAGGCCCUUCGG